CCGACAAAUAUUUUAGUCAACACUACAGUGACAGCGAUGUCUAAUAAGACAGAUAUUUGCGUAAAGAACGGCAACGACAACAACACUCAGAAAGAAUUACUUUAUCUUCAGAAAGAACAACAACUAAUUGAUAGCAUAAUGACGAAGAUUGAAAUCCAAAGGAACAGAUUGAUGGUCGAGAAGUUGUCAUUAGAAAGACUUAUGAAGAAGAGAGAUGAAGAAAUCGAUGAAAUUCUUCAUGGAUUUCAAGAUAACAAUCAACACAACACUUAUCAGACAUCAAACAAAACUGAUAUCGACUUACAGAACAAACACUUUCUCGAUUUAAAGACAAAUCAAGUCUAUAAAGAAUUUGAUGAACAAGAGGAGGAAGAAGAAGAAGACGAUGACUAAUGAAAACUUUAUUUUAAUUCAAUAAUUACCGGUAAAUACUUAAUAAUUACAACAAAAG